UUCACUUCCGGUCCGGCGGUAAAGCGUGUGUGCAGAAGCAACGUUAUUGUGACGGAAAGACAUCAAACAUCUGAUUUAUACGGUUAAAUAAAGACAUAUACUAAAGAGAAAUGAGUUUACCGCUGAACCCAAAGCCAUUCCUGAACGGCCUUACAGGCAAACCAGUGAUGGUGAAACUGAAGUGGGGUAUGGAGUACAAGGGCUACCUGGUGUCAGUGGACGGAUACAUGAAUAUGCAGCUGGCAAACACAGAAGAAUACGUUGAUGGAGCGUUGGCAGGUCACCUUGGUGAGGUGCUUGUCAGGUGCAAUAACGUUUUGUACAUCAGAGGCGUAGAAGAAGAGGAAGAGGACGGAGAAAUGAGAGAGUGAUAUCGCUGAAGAGGUCUCGGCCCGGUGUUCUGUCUGAGUGUGAUUGUACCUCGUAGUUGAGUUAAUGUGUGUUUGUGUUUUCACCAUGUGAAACAAAUGAACGAUUGGGUUUUUUUUUUUUUUUUUUUUCAAGCUGUUUUUGAAAGCGUUUUUUUUUACCUGUAUGUGAGACCAAUUUUAUGUUGUGAAGUUGUAAUACAGACACAAUAAAAAAGGAUUAUUGUACUCUUU